AUGCCUAAACGUAGUGCAGAGGAAAAGAUAGCACAUUAUACGCGUAAAAUUCAAAGAAUACAAGAAAAGAAACUCAAGCGAAAUCGCCGAGUUAUACCAGUGCUACCAGAUUCUUCAGAUUCUGAAGAAAAAUCAGGUCUGGUCUGCAUGCACUGUGGACACGUCCGGCUCGCUUGCUUACCGCGCGCUUCUCAUCUUACCGCGCGCUUCUCAGAUAACUUCUCAAAUAACGAAGAAUUGGAAAUGCCUGUCCCAAAUUCGAAUGAAGAACCGCCACCGCAACCUCAAGCGGAGGCAGGUGAUAUUGAGACAGCCCCUGUACUGGACGCGGAGUUACUGACAGCUCUUGGGGAGGCCACAGACGAUGCUCCAAAAUAUGGCGAAAAUAUCCAUCCCGACUUGGCACAAAGAUGGUUACCUAUAUUACGUAAAGGUAUGGACAAAGAAGCCAAGGACAAACUCAUAAAAGAGUACAGUAUACCAGAAAACUGUAAAUUAUUAAGAGCACCGUCCUUAAAUGCCGAAAUCUCUGCGGCAGUUACAGACAUAGCAAGAGGUCGCGACAAGAAAAUCGAAGCAGAACAACAGCAGUUAGGCGUUGGAUUAUCUGCUAUAAACAGAGCCAUGACCUUACUUCUAACGACCGAUGAUAAACAAAGUAAGGUACAAGCGAUAAAAAUCCUAUCUGACGGAUGUCGGAUUUUAUCUGACCUACAUUACUCAGAAACGCAGGCCAGAGUAAAACUGGUCACUCCAGGAUUAGACAAAGUCUUUCUCAAUCUGAUUCAAGAUGUCGAGAGAGACGAGACCCUCUUCAGCAGUAAGCUCUCAGAAAAGAUUAAGGCAUCAAAGGCGAUCGAAAAACAAAGCUCUCAGAUUAAAAAGACAGUCACGACCCCAGCCAGCUCAAAUACAUUUCAGACUGCAGGUCCAUCGUACUCUCGGUACCGGGGAAACUGGACGAGGCCCGCUCGCUUCCAACCGACGAGCCGACGAGGGCGCGGCGGGCCACGCUGGAGCACGCCGGCAGCUUACAGACCGGCAGCGCCGACCCCGCGCAGCCGCAGCCCAAGACAGCUUACACCAGGCCACGUGCGAAAGCGCGACAGUAACUCAGGUACACGCCGGUCGGCUUAA